UGGCAAACAAAGGAGGAUUCAAGCAGCUCUUCUUGGCGUACGGGGUGAAGUAAGCAAUUGUAUAAUGAAUUAUAUUUCAACCCAGAGAGAUUUUUCAAUUAUCUGAAUCUACUUCGUUGCGAUAUUAGGCUCAACUCAAGUCUUUCUCUCUCUCUCAGGAUUCUCGUACCUUUAUUCGUCGCAGCUGGGAUCUGUCUGUCAGCUCUAGCAGCAAACAGCUGCGAAUUCAUAUAUUGUAAGUCAGAGCUAUCGUUUCAUUAGAUUUUGAUGGUUCCUGACGUGUGAAUGGCAUGUACUCUAAUGAUCUCAAUAUCUCUGCUUCAAAAUGUGAAGAUAUUCAAACCAACGUGGGGCUACCCGGUACAAGGAUUACAGGUUCAUUUGGAAUUUUUGGACAUGCAUCGAUGGAUGGAAUCGGAGGAAUAGAUACUAGGAGUUCCGAUGGGUGUGUUCCCUAUGAUUUGACGUUUGCUGAAAAAAUAGGAUAUCCAACGCUUGCUACAGCUCAACUUAGCAUUUCGUUAUCUUUGAUAAUGGUGGUCAUUGGUAUCUUUGCCACCUUAGUUGAUCAUUGCCUUCGCAGUAUUUUUGCGAGUUCAAGAAUUCAGAGUUCCAUCUUCCUUGUUGCGAGCGGAAUUUCUGCAGGGACACUGAUAUUGCUUACAGAUCCCGCGUGUUAGUAAGUACAGAGUGCUUUUGAAUUCUUCCGACUUCUGACAAAGUCAUGUACUAACCUCAUAAUGUCCCCUUUCUCCCUUUCUUUGAAUACCCCAGUUCGGACGAUAUGGAGCUAAAGUGCUCCGUUGGCGAUGGCGCAUUUUACAGCAUAGGAUCAACGGUUUUAUAUUUCAUCUCGAGCUUGCUUUUAUCAUGGAUUCCUCUCCAAGCAAAAGAUCAACAUAACGAAGACUUGAAUUUCGUGACGCAAACAAGGACGAGCAGCGAAUCGAAGUCUGAAAUUUUUGAAGAGCCAACUUUUGCGCAUGCAGAUACAAUACAUACUGAGAUUUCUCCUGGUGAAAUCUUUAGUGAAAACGUUUGACAUCGCAAAAACUGAAUGGGCUACAUAUCCUUGUACCUUAUUGAAUUAGUUUCAACAUUGCACAGAGUAUAAGGAACUUCGAAUAGUCUCACGAAUAUGCAUUGACAGGAACUACUGCUUUCAAAUUCUCGCUGGGCAAAUACGAAAUUUACGCAUGUUUUGAUUGAGAUUAUUGAGAUUACGCGUCGGAAACGGAGGAUGAACAGACGGCGUGGAACAUCCAUUGUUUAUUUUUAAGCAUGACCCAUGUGUUACCGUACGUGACCCGUUAUGUCGUACGCACACCACCCUUCCGGAUGUUUUUCUUGCAAUCAGUCGUGCUUUGAUGAUUGUCGAUAAUCAGCUUAAUGGCGCGAGACCAUAACCUUUCCUGUCCUGCCGAAGACCAAUUCUUAUUCCAAACUCCGCUAACCAAACAAAGUUCACAUGACGAUGGCUAAUUCUACGAAAUACUGCGAAGUUCGAUGCGGAUACAUUCUAAAGUGAGUUUGGCAAUAUUUGCCCAUAUCUACACCAGCAGUGCCACCUAACGUUGUUGGAACAAAGAGGUUUCAACCAUCUCAACAAACGUAUCAUCGAGCGAUAAUAUAUUCUUGUCGAAUGUCAUUUUGAGUUUUGAAUUGGACUCGCUUGCAUUUUACUCAUUACAAUUUAUCCUUUUUCUGAUGAUUCUCUCGGCUUUUUACAAACAGAAUAUUGAUAAUUUUGUUGGCUUCGGUUGGCAUCGUUUGUAGUUUUUUUGCAUCAUAUACUUGCGACUUCUUAUUUUUCGAAUCCGAAGCCUUCGAUGAGUUAGAUUCAGCUUUGGGCAAUCAAACUGAAGGUUGGAUAGGCAUCUUCAGAUAUAAAUUGGAAACGAACGA